AUGGCCUCCGCCGACAAACUCCCCCUGAUCCGGCUCCCUGAGCCAUACAAAACAACCUACCGACUCCAGGUGGUGUCCGUCCAGCACGGCACGCGCAAGCUUCAAUUGCGACGGUCGCCGCGCGUCGACGAUGGCCUGCCGCCUCCAGAACCCCUUCACCGCGACUCGUUCCACUUCACUGACCUUCGCGAGCCCGAUCCCUAUACGACACCGCCCGAGGGGAACAACUCGGCAUGGGCCAGGGCACAGCGAAGCCCCGUCACAUACUGGAACUGGGAAGGACAGGAGCCGCCGACGGUAGCGCAGAUCUGGAAUGUUCUCUAUGCGCUCCUGACAUUGCGCACCGAGUUUGAGAUCUUCCGCGCUGUGCUUUCGGGCGAGGGAAGGGAGCUGUUGGCUCAGGAGUUACAAGCAGUCGGGCUGGCGACUUCACAUCCCAGCCCUUCAGCGCCGCCCGGUCAGAUUCUCCCGCAGUCUGCAGGCACGCCCGAUCAGCUGGUGAUAUACCGCAGCACGUUCUGGCAGGGCGCCGGGUCGCCGUUCGGGUCGAGGCCGGUAUGGGUAUGUGAUCCAGACAUCUAUACGUCGCUUCGCCGGCCUUUGACGGCGUUCCCCGUCCAUCCUGUCCAGCAUACAUUGACAACCAAGACGUCUGACGUGCGCGUUCACGCUCUCCAUCCCAUUCGACCGCGUAAACCGACUCCCGGGUCGAAAAUGUACAGUCGAUAUAUACCCCAGCUGGAUGAGUUCUUCUCGCUCUGGGCGUUAGACUAUCGAGACGACGAGCAUCUGCGGCUGUUUCACAUGUGGCAGAACGAUCCUCGAGUUGCCAGAGGCUGGAACGAGACGGGGACACUCGAGCAGCACAGGGAGUAUCUUCGGAAACUCGAAGAAGAUCCUCACCAGAUUGCCGUUCUGGCCAAAUUCAAUAAUACGUUCUUUUCGUACCACCAGAUCUACUGGGCUAAGGAAGACAGCAUCGGCGCACACUACGACGCCGACGACUGGGAUCGCGGGCGCCACUCGCUAGUUGGCGACGUGCGCUUCCGCGGCCAGCAUCGGGUAAUAGUCUGGUGGUGCAGUAUCAUGCAUUAUAUGUUCCUGGAUGAGUCACGCACGAGGUACAUUGUCGGCGAGCCGGAGUUCACGAAUCUGACAGUGCUGGCCUACGAUCACGCUACGGGAUUUGGUCUCGAGAAACUGAUCGAUCUCCCCCAUAAGCGCUCUGCCCUGGUCAAGUGCAGCCGAGAGAAGUUCUUCCAGAUCUCGCCCUUCCGAUUCGAUGGGUCCGACCAUCUGGAGAGGGAUCCGUAUCGGGCGUUGAAGUUGUAG